GAUGACCAGCCGAUGGACGAGGAGCCGCUCUACGUCAACGCGAAACAGUACUAUCGCAUCCUCAAGCGGCGCGUGGCCCGCGCUCGUCUCGAAGAGGUCCACAGGCUGUCCAAGCAGCGCAAGCCGUAUCUGCACGAGUCGCGCCAUCAGCAUGCCAUGCGUCGUCCGCGCGGACCGGGCGGGCGAUUCCUCACCGCGACCGAGAUCGCUGCCCAGCAG